AAUAAAAACCAACCACCCUGUAUAGGUAGGUAUAUCGUUGCUCUAUUUUGCUGGCUGGAGAGUGCUUCGCACUAAUUGUAGGUAGACAGAAGUUUAUAUGGUCUCCAUGGUUACUUGAAAGGUACAAACAAAUGCCAUUCUUAUAAAUUAGUAUUUAAAUCUCAAUAGUUUUAGGGUGUGAUGUAAAAAUACGGAGAUAGGGUUGAUUAAAGUAAAUAAACGCCGUUUAAAAAUGUCGAUAUUCAAAAUAAAACAUUGGUGGUCAAACAAUAAACUGCAAGAAAGUAAUCCAUGUGUAGGAACACAGAACUCCUGUUGUCUGAAAGUUGAUAAGUUUAAUUCACAUACAGAGAGCGAUUGCAUUGUGGUUGGUGAAGAAUACUACCUAAGGAUAUUUAAACCGAGUUUAGAUGAGGGAGUUUCUAAUACGUUGUUAGAAACACAACUUAGUGAUGUUAUUUUACAAAUUGACACUGGAAAAUUUAUAGCAGAUUCCGAUGACAGACAUAUCAUAGUACUGCAUCCACUGAAUUAUACUAUUUACCAUUUUAAUAAGAAAGAUGGUCACACGGAUGCGGGCGAACAGACCAUUCUAAGACCGAUGAUAAAACAUAAUUUUACCCGAAAAGCAUACAGCUUGACUUGCGGUCCGUUUGGGAAUGUGAAAACUAGAGACCUCAUUUGCAUUCAAGGCUUAGACGGAAGUUUGAGUUUCUUCGAUCAAGAUACAUUUCUAUUUAUGUGCAUAUUCGAAGAUGUCAUAAUACCAGGGCCUGUGUGUUACAUUCCAAGCUGUGACUCGUUCAUUAUUGGUAAAUCAACAUGGAUAUUAGAGAUUUAUAGUUAUCAGCAGCUAAGAGAGUUCAGCGAGAUCAGUUUGCGACAAAAUAAAAAGAAUAUGCCUCAAUGGGUCUACAAUGCUGGUGAAGAAGUUUCAUCCGUCCAAGUUAUACAGACAAGCAGCAACUUUUCUACUAUAGUCGCAUUGGGAGAGCGCCAUCUUUAUUGUUUUCAAGACAAUGGAUUAAUGAAAUACAUGAUAAAAUUUGACUUUAUGCCGAUUUGUUUCUCUGCUUAUCUCAUUGGAUGGUAUUACGAGCCUGGGGCUCGGUUGUUAGUUAUGGUCGCAUCAGAGGAUUCCAAACUAUACAUCUACGAAGGCACAAUGUUGCUAUGGUGCUGUGACUUACUGGGCACGGCGAUAUCGAUAAGCAGGUGUUUUCUGAAGUCGCUGCCUGGAGGUUUGGUGACGUUGUCUGAUAAAGGAGUUAUUAAUGUCGGUUACUUGGGGACGGAGCCCGACUUGAAUGCUAACGCAGCCCCCGCGAUGAACGAUGCUCUCGAUCCGGAACAAGUGCAGGCUGAGCUAGAAACGGUCGAAGAGGAGUUACAAGCCAUUUUAGAGAGCAAAGGAGAUACCGUUAACAGCUCACUGGGAAUUCUUCAAGCACUUACAAUAAAAGCUGACGUCGGCAAACCUGCCCAAAAUCUAUUCCAGCAGUACUCAGACGAUAAAGACGUGGCACUACAUUUGCUAAUGUGUCCUGUAGUUGUCAUGCUCACCUGUGAAGAUCCACAGCUAAUCCAAAACAUUCAAAUAACUUAUGUUUGCACUCCACCAUUUGCUUGUUCUGAAUCUACAAUUUGUUUGGAAAAUAUAAAUGGAACAGAAAUCAUAGAAUCUCAAGUGUUUUUGACAAACUACACGGAAAUAAGUGACACGAAAGCAGAAAUCAUAUUCACAAUCACUGACAAUAUUGGGAAAAUAGUAGUGCUAUCCCGAAGUGUAGUGUUACCUAUAAGUUUGUACUGCAUUCUCAAUGACAGUGAACUGGAGAAUCCCUUCAGGUUGAAUAUUCUUACAAACCAGCCCUGUAUAGAAUUUAGCAAAAUAUUUACUGAUUUUGCUGAAGAAGAAUUGUACAGCUUGGGUAAUUCUUCAAGUAGCGUCAACUUCAUGUACCGAUCCACAAAAAAGACAGUGGUGUUAAGAGCUUCUGACGCACUGUACACGAUCGAAGCAGAAGAUUUUCCAGAAAUGUCAGCUGUACUCGGUCACUUGAUAUACAAACUGACUGACCAUUUUUUGAGGAUGGGCGUAAAAGACUUCAAAUUCAAUGUAAAGAUGACCAAGGAACUAUUUAAACAAAUGACAUUUAAAUUCUUGAGAAGUGUUGAAACACACGCUAAAGAUAGAAUGAAAUUGAAAGGUUUGGAAGAGGAAUUGAACGUCUUACAAAAACAAUUCACAGUAGUUCAGAAAAGAUUGCUAGUUCAAUACGGAUCUCUGCCACCGGGUGAUUGCGAUCCUCUAGAAUUUCUGAUGAGAGACACUCACGAAAGGCUAAUCAAAUGUGCAGACGAAAUUUUAGGAAAUAAAGACAAUGUUUGCAGGGCUGGCUGUACAUUAAUCACCAUGGGCAACUUAAUAAUUUAUAUUUUCAAACAGACGGGCAUAGAAGAGUUUAAAAUCAAGCUUAUAGAAGAAAUGCUAUGUUUAACAUCUCUUUACGAGAGUUAUCAAGAAUGGGAAGAAGCAGUGACCCAGUCACUGUCAUACAUAUUGAAUAAAGUGUUCAACAACACCGAAAAAGACAAAGAGAAGCUAGCACCAGUGACGGAACAAGGUAUCCUUUCCCACAUCAACUUGAAGAGAUUCAUGAAGCAACUACGCAUUGUGUUGGAGAAACUGUACUCAGAAGCGUACGAAGACGCGGAUUUAGAGGACAAGAGCCGAGAGAAAAAGAUAGAUAGGAUUGAGGAGAUUGUUGAAGUUUUAUGAGCGUAAAAAAAUUGAUGUUGACGAUUUGUGAAAAUAUUUCUUUUAACCUACCUACGAUCGAUAGCUAUCGGUAAGGCUGAAUUGCACCACCUAACUUUAACCGUAAUUAUAACGAAAACCGGUGUUUUUGUAUAGAGUUUGACAGAUUUUUGACGUUUGUUAAAGUUAAAGUAAGAUGGUGCAACUCAUCCUAAGAAACUAAAAUAUCAGUCGGUAUUAUUGUUUUCUUGUGGAUUUGUGUAGUGUUCACAAUGUUGUGAGUUUUGUUAGAAACUUAACGGGAAUAAAAUAAAUCAAUAAAA